CCAACUGGAAACGCCUAAAUUUCUGUUGCUCAUACUGACACAGUUAGCCACUAUAAAUGUCACGAGGAACAAGUAAGGACUAAAUCUGGUGACGGCCAUGUUCGAUUUGGUCCUUACCAGUGUUAUUGUUUUAGUCUGGUGUGCUGAUGAAGUUCAAGGGACGUGUCCGGUUGGUACUUAUGGAGUCGACUGUGACUAUCGGUGCAACUGUCCUCCAAACACGUGCAACUCCUCCUCUGGCUGUACAAGUGGGGAUUGCUACCCGGGGUGGUCGGGGCCGACCUGUCACAAACGCAACAUCCUCCUGAAUCUCACUGAGAGUGCGUUUACAUCAAGUCCUACCCACCUCAACACACCACCACACAGAGCUGCGGACGGGAGGGUAGCUGCAACUCCUGAACACAUCAACAGCUGCUUCUUCACCAAUAACACGGGUGCAAACUACACUUGGUGGCGCGCUGAUCUGGAAAACAGAACACUGAUGAAUGACGUCACUAUCUCCUUCAGAAAAGACUUUAAAGCUCGGAGGAACGGAAUCCAGGUGUUUGUGACCAACUCUGUCAACAUACCGAGUGGCCACAACUGCUACAACGUCACUGGGAAUGGAGACGGAACUGAUGUACCGGAUGUGUUGCAUAUCACAUGUUACAGUAGAGGGCGCUAUCUCCUUCUGUACACCACCACCAUCAACAACGACCAACCAGAAAUCAUUACACCUAUGAUGGACUUCUGUGAGGUAGAGGUCAAUGAAUGCGAACAUGGUAGAUACGGCCUCACUUGCUCCACCGAUUGCCGCUUAAGGGAAUGCAGGGGGGACAGCUCUCGUUGUGACCAGGUAACUGGUGAGUGUGUUGAGGGUUGCCGUGGAGGUUACAGAGGACCCGACUGUAUGCGACCAUGUGAGGAAGGACACUAUGGUGCUAACUGUUCCCGCAAGUGUGACGACAGACACUGCAAACAUCCUGAUGCCUCAUGUAACCACGUGACAGGUGAAUGUGUUCACAACUGCAGCAAUCCAGGAACAGGUGGUGUGAAAAAUCAAACAUGUAGACCAGGUUGGCAGGGAUUGGACUGUGUGGCAGAAUGUUCUUCUGGGACGUUCGGAGACAAGUGUUCGGGUUCAUGUGGUGCAUGUCUGGACAGUGAGCUGUGUCACCGUGUCAACGGAACUUGUCCAAGAGGCUGCAGUGAGGGGUGGUCAGGGCACCUGUGCAAGCAGAAAUGUCCCUUGAUGACGUACGGCGCCAACUGUUCAGAAACCUGUGGUGCGUGUCGAGACAAUGACACGUGUGACCUUGUCAACGGAAGAUGUCUGAGAGGCUGCAGGGAGGGAUGGACAGGGGAGUUCUGCAUAUCAAAGCAAGAUACUGGUGAAAUACCUGUGAGGGUACUGUGGAUUGCAGGGGCAUCAGGUGGCGGUCUUCUGCUCAUUGCUCUCCUGGUUCUCAUCGCAAUUGUCGUAACAAGAACCUCCAAAGGACGCGAAUCUGUUGCCAACCACCCUGAGAUGAAACUGAAGCAGAUGACUGCAAGCGUUGAUGAAACACUUGCACCUACCGUCAUCAUGGUCGACAACGUCCACUACGUGGGCUUUAGUGGAACAGGCAACACAGCACAAGAUGGGGCGGAUGUGAAGCUGGAUAUCGGAAGAGGAUUGGGUUUAAGUGGUUGUGAAGAUGGUGAUGAUGGCGGAAGGAGGGGAAGCACUGAAGUCGAGGGAGUAGAGGGUGUUAGUGAGAACUUGGUUGUGGUCACAGCUGUUAGUGAAGGGUUUGGUGGGGAUAUCUAUGCUGUCAGUAAUAGAAACACAGGCAGUAAACCUACUGGUAAUGACGAUGGUGAGAAAAUUGUUGAUGUUGAAGAGGUUAAUGCGGAGGUAGAGGAGGUCGAUGGAGACGUGGACCACCAAGAGAUGGAGGAUCAUGAUGGGGACAGCACCUACUACAACCUGGAGGGUCCCCCUCUUAUCACUGAGGUGGGGGUGGACAAGCUGGGUGACAGAAUCAAGGAGAUGCAGGCCACUAAAUAUGGCUUCCAGAAGGAAUUCCGGAUGCUGUUCACUGGCUUUACAAGACCGUAUGACGUCUCGCAGCAGACAGAUAACACUGGAAAGAACAGAUUCCUCGGAUGUUAUCCUUAUGAUUACAAUCGGGUUCUGCUGCCGAAACUGGCUGGGCAUCCAUCGUCUGACUAUAUAAAUGCAAGCUAUUUUGAUGGUUACUCUUGCUCGCAGGCCUAUGUCGCAGCUCAAGCACCCAAUAAGAAGACUUUGUGUGAUUUCUGGAGGAUGAUUUGGGAAAACAACUGUACGAGAAUCAUCAUGUUGACGAACAUCCUGGAGAAUGAGAAGGUGAGGUGUGAACCUUACUGGUCUGAUUCGUCUGAUCUUGACGUUGGUCUCUUCGCCAUCUCAGUCACCAAGACAGCACACAGCGCGCAAUGGACAAUGCGAGAACUCACAGCUACACUGAAAGAGACAGGUAACAGUCGCCAGUUCCGACAGUUUCACUUCACAUCCUGGUCCGACCGUGGGGUCUCAGGUGACACAGCUCUAACAGAGUUCAUGUGGCGGGUUAGGAAGGCUCCCAAUCCACAACAAAGUCCUCUACUUGUACAUUGCAGCGCUGGUGUCGGGCGGACCGGGACGUACAUCGCUGUGGACAACCUGCUGGAUCAGGCUCUCACUGAAGAUAGGGUGGAUGUGUUCGGGUUUGUGUCACGGAUGAGGGAUCAACGAAAGGGGAUGGUGCAGACCAAGGAACAGUAUGAACGCGUGUACACAACACUCCAAGCAGCUCUGACUCACGGCGACACAACGAUGACCGUGUCAGAGUUUCGUCACAAUAGGAUAAAUCAACGAAUGUUUACCAUGGGAUCAGUUGAUGUCAGCAGCUACGUGAAGUCUGUCAAUACAGGAAGCAAGACAACAAAGGAAUUGAGCGAACAGGGACGAAUAUCAAGACAAUGCGAUGUUGUUUCUAUCCUGUCUCCAUCUUUCAAGUCCAUGAAUGGGUACCUUCUUGUGGAUACUACCUUCAUCACCGCAGCAUCUCAGUUCUGGCAACUGGUAGACCUAAAUCAAGCUCUCACCAUUGUAGUAUUACUAGAGGAUUUCAAGAUCCUGCAAGACAUUAUACUAUCCCCUGGGAACAGCCUGGAUCUGAGUCAGUUCAGUGUGAUGUGUUCCACAGAAAACAUAAUCAAUCAUGACAUCAUCAUGAGGAACAUACAGCAAAAGAAAGAGGGUUCCUCCUCGUGGACAAACAUACAGGUCUACUUGGCGAACCAUCUGACAGUUGCUGCCUACCCUUUCCAAAUGGACCUGCUUGCCAGUAGGGAAGACACUGCAACCCCAGUCACAGUGGUGUUCAAUGAGACAACAACAAGGCAAGCAGCGUUGUUUUGCAUCAUCAGCAACAUCCUGCAGCGUGUGAAGCAGGACGGGGAAGUGGAGAUCUUCAACAACAUGAAAGUCAUGGCUAAUCUCCUCCACUACAGUAUCACACAGGCGGACGUCUGCCUGUGUUUUGAUGUGGCGGCAGCCUCCCUAGACUGUGAGGAUUGGCCUGGAGGAAUCACUAUGUAGAAGGAAGAGACUGUCGCCUCACACUACCUAGACUGUCUAGAACCCUCUAACUCUACUGUCGCCAUCGCCUUUUACUUGUACUACAAGGCGUUUAGCUUGUUGUGAUGACACAAAUUAUCACCAAAUUGCCAGUUUUAAUUUACACACACUUAAGAUUUUUAGACAUCCAGGAAUCAACUUUAACAGGAUUUUCACAUUCUGUUUCAUUUUAUCCAUGCGAUUAAUGAAUAAGGUGUUACUUUGAAUGACCACAUUUGCUACAUGUAUUUACAAAAUUCUGAUAAAACAUUAUACAUAUACAAUAGGCCAAUCAUCUGUGUUCCCUGUUUUGUGUACUUCUGUCAAUAAGACAUCAACCGUAUGAACUCACUUGUUUUCUCUGACACUCCAUGAGUUCCCACUGAACAAGUGACCACAUUAAUGACAAUGAAUCAAAUAAACCACCUAUAACUCUUAACUUCUGCGGGGAAAUGCUGUUGUGCAUGUGGCAGAUAUUCAACAUGAUAAUUAAUAUGACUUGUUUUCUAAAUUACGCCUUGGGAUUGAAACGUAGGUAGCCCAGCACAUGUGUGUGUAUAUUUGAGUUGAUGUCAAGGAAGGAGUGAGUGAGU